CAUGUCAACCACGCGCAAAUUCUUCCUUUUCACCACCUUCCUGUCGUUGGCUCUACAGGCUAUUGCCUGGACCGCGGCCGAUCUCAAUCCAACUCAAUGCAGACCUCGCCAAAAACUAUGUGGGAGUGUAUGGCUCUGUAGUCACCCUGAAGCCCGGGUCAAACCCACAAGACGGGGAGAUUGUUCACAUGGCUUUUGUUGCAUACCAAGCCAUGCGUGAGCAGCUUGCAAAGGACAUGGUAUCGUCAACCCACAGCAAGUCAUUGAUGAAGAAGGUCAGCCGAGGCAAUGGACCCACGGUCAUGACCGCGCUCGUGAAGGGCGAUCAUGUGUACUUGGCAUCGUCAAUGAAAGGAUCGGGUCUCCUCUACGACGCGACCACCAAAGACGUGUUCGUACCAGGGACCGGCGCACCUGCUAGCUAUUGGCAGAAUCUCAAGUCCGGUGUGUGUCCAGCAGAAAUCCAAGAAGGUCUCAAAGAGUGCGGGUUUCUGGUCAAAGGUACCAGCUCUCUUGUUGGUCACCAGAAUGGAGGCUCUUGCGGAGAGGUCAUGGCAGGCUGGGCAGCUUGCAACAACCCCCCGAGUGCUCACACGGGCCCAACAAGAGUCGUUGCUGUCAAGUCUGUGGGUGGAAAGAUGAUGAUCGAGGACCCUUGUGGCGCCGACCCAGAUGCUACACCUGAAUGGAUCCCAAAGGGUUGUAAGACUUUCAACAGCAAGCUCGGGUGGGUCACCAUCAAAAGCAACACUCCAGAGGCGAAGUCAGAUCACCUCCAAAUCAUCAGUGUCAAGCAAGCUACAUACGUGGUGAGCAAGGCCAAGCCCCAAGCGCCUUGAUUUGAAGCUUCCAGGUGAAGCUCAAGAUUCGCCAAAUCAAGAUCAUCUGGCCAGGGUCUGAUCUUCCUGAGACGUUGUGCUAUGGGUUACUUGAGUGCUUUAUUUGGUGUUCGAAAGAAGAGAUCAUCUCCUGAGUUGUAGCA